AUGACCUCGGACACUCUUCUUUCAUCGGCAACAGCAAUGAAGCUGGUGCCUGUUCUUGUCCUCUGUCUUCUUCUAGCACGGUACUCAAAAGCAUUUCGUCCACAAUCCCCAGGCUACAAUGAAGUCCCAACUCCCACCCGGUCUAUAUCAUACAUCCCCGGUUAUCUAGAUGCUCAGCCUCCACCAAUGCAAGUGUAUGAGGGUGAAACUUCCACAGGAACUAUGCCAUCCUCGAUAUCUCUGGCUAUCGUCUUCGAUUCUACCGGUUCCAUGGGUGAUGACUUGAAGCAGGUCAAACUGGGUGCUAGGAGAAUUCUUCAAAGGCAUCUGGAAAGGGGUAGAGAGGCCUUAAUCAAGGACUUCGUUCUGGUCAAGGUCCAUGAUCCUGAUGUCGGGCCGGCCCGCGUUACCACAUCAACAAAGACCUUCUACCAAUACCUCGAAAGCGUCUAUACCCAAGGUGGUGGUGAUUGCCCCGAGAUGACAAUUACCGGCAUUGAAAUGGCUCUAGAAGCUGCUCAGCCGAACUCCCUCAUCUACGUUUUCACUGACAGUAGUGCCAAGGAUUAUGAUCGGCUCCCACGCGUCCUGAACCUCAUUCAGAAGAAACAAAGCCAGAUCGUGUUUGUGUUGACGGGUUUUUGCAACUCAACCGAUGAGAUUGGCUUCCAAGUGUACCAGGAAAUUGCAACUGUCAGUUCCGGCCAAGUUUAUAUAAUCGGCAAACGUCAAGUGAAUGAGUUCAUGCGAGUUAUUGAAGCUGCAGUGGAAUCACAGAAAGUUCAGGUUCUCCAGCAGGAUACCUGGGAGACCACUGCCAAGACUUACAGCUUUCCAGUCGAUACUCAUCUCUCACAGCUCACAAUUCAAGUGACCAACUACAAAACUAAUGAUUCGAUCACUGUCGGAAUUCGAAAUCCAGAAGGAAAGUUGAUAACGAAGGAAGAUGGUCUGCGACAGUUGAUGAAAACGGUUCCAAGUGUGUUCGUGGCAUCUAUCGACCAUCCAUCUCCGGGAACAUGGACCCUUGAAGUGAGUGCGGAAGUGAGUGGUGGUCAGUCGAGCUCGUCUGGUGAGGAAAGUAUUGGUGGACAAUGGCACUCUGUUCGUAUCUCUGGUAUCAGUAAGGUCGACUUCAUCCCAGGCUUUGCUGCAAAUCCCCUUCCUUACAAUCGGGGAGCUUCACGACAACCUAUUGAUGGUAUCAAGAACUACGUGAUGGCCAACAUAACAGGGCGUCUGUUGACCGGAAGUGUGGAUGGAGUCACUCUGCGGUCGCCAAAUGGCUCGGCCCUUGUGCGUCUGCCCAUGGAACGAACGCCAAAUAGCCAAGUUUACGUUAGCCAACUUCCAAUGGAUCCUCUGCCUGGUCACUACUAUCUUCAGGUUACGGGCCGUGACAGCCAGGGUUACACAUUCCAACGUUACUCAAAAGUGGCUCUUUUGGCAAGACCAGCUCGUCCUUCGGUUGUCACCUGCCCAGCCAAACUUGAAGUUGCUCGAGGGACCACUGCUCAUCUUACUUGCCUUAUUGACAGUGAGGUGCCAUUCAGUGUCAAGUGGUACCAAAACGACCGCCCAAUCACUGGAUUCCCAGGAGAGCAUCAGAUUUACAGUGUACCAACAAAUGUAACUUACACAUUGUAUGAUGUAAAUGAAGAAUCACAAGGAAUCUACGCCGUUGAAAUGGUUCCAGCAGGAGCUGGACAAGAUGCAGGACCAGGAAGAGUUGGCAAAGACAAAGUGGCUUUAGUGAUUCUUCCGCCUCCACCUACGGUUCUGAUACCGAGAAACGCAAGCGUUGAACCAAAUGGAGUUGCCCGGCUCAUGUGUACAGUGUUUUCCCAAGCAGAUAAAGUGGAUAUAAACUGGUAUCGUGGUGAUUCAAUUCGCUUUAAAGUGAAGGAUGGACGCAGAUACUCAAUUCAUAUGUCUGGAGGUGGCGAAAUGUCACCAGUUGGUCAGACAUUCACGAGCACUCUUCAGAUCACAAACGUCCAGGAUAGUGAUAUCGGCCAGUACAUUUGUGAAGCAGAGCAUAAAGGUGGCGUUAGUUCAGCCGUUGGAUUCGUUAUAAUUCACGUUCGACCAAGCGUUACGGCUGAGAGCGAGGGGGUGGAGUUCAAAGAUGGUGGUCGUUUGGUUCUUUCCUGUCGUGCUGAAGGUCAUCCACCUCCCGAAAUCUCUUGGAGCUUCAAUGAUGUGCCCAUUCCAAGGGGUGAAGAACUACAGAUGGCAUCGUCAAGAAUCACGAUCCUUGAUGAAUAUUUGGAAUCACGACUUAUCAUCUCACCUGCGGAGUCCACUGACGCUGGUCGUUACUCCUGUUUUGCGGUUAACUCAGCUGGUGAAUCACAAGCUGAUAUACUAGUCUCCUUCAUUGCACGUCCAGAGAUUAUUCGCAUCGACGCAAUCAAAGAAACUCCUCAAGAAGGUGAAAGACAAACUCUACGUUGUCUAGCUAGUGGCCAGCCUCCACCGCUAAUAAAAUGGGAAUUCAACGGCAGUCCCGUGGGUGAAAGCGCUAACAUUAGACUCAAUCAAACCACUGGCGAGUUAGAAAUCCUCAAUCUCAAGCGUCACAUGAGUGGAAAGUGGACUUGCGUUGCCGAAAAUGUUGCUGGAAGUACUCGAACUUCAGUUUCCAUGGAAGUUGGAUUCAAACCGAAAAUGGAUAGCACGGUCAUGCAGGAGCGUAUUUUCGGAGACUUUGCAGCAGAUCUGGUGGUUCCGUGUAUUGUCGAUGGAAACCCACCACCACAAAUCAAAUGGUUCAAGACGGUAGGAGAGAAUCAAGUUCCAGUAACCUAUGGUGGCAAAUAUACUCUUACGGCGGACAAUUCUCUUCAUAUAUCAAAUCUCAGCAUGGAAGACGGAACAACCUUCGUGUGUGAAGCUUCGAAUACAUAUGGCCGUGACCAAUUCCAUGUUACAGUUGAACUCGGUGGCAUUCGUGCACCUACCAUCUCUUACACAGAACCAAGACAAAUUGUGUUGGAAGGCAGCUCAGAAAUGAUCCUCAAUUGUCCUGUUCUCGAUGCCAAACCACCUGCUCAAGUGAAUUGGCUCAAGAAUAGUGUGGAGAUUAAUUUAGAUGAUCCUCGCUAUGCCCUGCUUGACAAUAGUCUUGUCAUUCGUGGCAUCACGAUGGACGAUGAAGCCGUGUAUACCUGUGUGGCUUACAACGUAGUUGGAAGAUCUAAAAUCGAUAUCGAGUUGGAUGUUCAGACCAAACCUAGAUUCGUCACAGAUGAUCCUCGUACGACAACAGUGGAAAUAACCCAGGGCAAGAUAUUGGAGUUGCAAUGCAAGGUGGAAGGCGAUCCGAAUCCUGAAAUAGAAUGGCGCAAGGAUGGACGUAUGGUGACUCCCAAGAGGGGAGUCGGUGCUCCUGGUGGUCUCAGUGGGGUUGUUCUUUCCCCUGAUGGAUCGACUUUGACUGUGUACUCUGUCUCAGAUUCCUCUAGCGGAAUUUUCACUUGCUCAGCAUUCAACACACAUGGUGCCGUAUCAAAGGAAUUCCAUGUUAAUGUCAAGACUCCCCCUGAAAUUUCCAAGGAAGGUUUGAGCGAGAUUGAAAUUGCACAAAACGAGAUGACAAUCUUGACCUGCAUGCUGAGCUACGGACAACCACAACCAUCUCUAAGGUGGUAUAGGAAUGGUCAACCACUCGUGGAUAUCCCCGGUCGCGUCCAUAUAGUUGACAAUGGACAGAGUGUCGAAAUACAAGGAAAGAACGAAGAGGACUCAGGAUCUUAUGAAUGUCGAGCUGAGAAUGAAGUUGGUACUGACUCGCGUUUCUAUCAAGUUACAAUCCUAGUACCACCGAUAUAUACUUCGACACAUGCUCGACGACGUCUUUUGGUGCGAACUGGUGAACGCGUUGACUUGGAGUGUGGAAUGGCCGGUUUCCCUGAACCAGACAUUUCUUGGACAUGGAAUGGUCGUUCGCUGGAAGAUGAUAAACUAGGGGAUCUUGGAAUGAGCAUUCGUCCUCAACGAGAAGGCACCUCUCAGCUCACCAUCAUGUAUAUGAAUGGUGAACUGCAAGGAAACUACACAUGCGUCGGUCAUAAUCGUGGUGGCACGACUUCAAUGGAUUAUGAAGUGAUCCUUUUAAGCCAGCCGAAGAUCAUAGAUUUUGUUGAGCGAGCAGUCGUAUUCCUAAAUAACACGAUAACCUUAACCUGUGGAGCCUCAGGGACACCGAAACCGAAUAUUUCCUGGUGGUUUGAUGGUACACAAAUAGUUCCAAAUAUAACUCCUGGCUAUAGAAUGGUUGGUGAUGGAAAUCUUAUGAUUUACAACGCGCAACGCUAUCAUGGUGGAGAGUACAGGUGUAUUGCUGAAAAUGAAGCCGGUCGGGACACGAAAGCUUCUAUGAUUACAGUUUUUGAACCCUCGGGCGAACCUCCGAUAUCGCAGAACCUCACCACUAUUUCGAUGGGAGGAAAUAUUACGUUCACAUGUAAACUCACUUCCAACCCCCCUCCGAAGAUCAAGUGGUACAAAGAUGGCGUGGAAAUCUUUUCAAUUAUACCACAAGCUUCACCACUUGAUUUAGCUCGAUUAUGGCUAUCAAAGGAUGAAACCACUUUGACCAUCUUGGAUGUUCAACCUGAGGAUCAAGGUCAGUAUAAAUGUGAAGCCGAAAACAUUCCUGGAAAUUGGGAUCUAUCUUACUAUCUUGUGGUUACCUCUUCUCCGGCUAUCUUGGUUGGCUCCUCGUCUCGAAAGAAGGAGAAAAUACGUCAAGGACAUGACCUCCGUCUUAGAUGUAUCGCUGUCGGCCAUCCUGAGCCUACAUACCAAUGGUUGAAAGAUGACACACCAAUUGCUUCCACUAGCAUUCCAAUGGGAGCCGGACAGUCGAGUGAAACUGUAGAGGUCUCAACAGUGAGCAAACGAUAUGCUCUGCACGACCAGGGCCGUGAAUUGGUCGUUUUCAGUACCAAGUCUGAAGAUGCUGGUUCAUACACGUGUAUUGCUGUUAACACUGUUGGCCGCGACCUACAUACAAUGGAAGUUUCAGUGACAGCCAAACCUUUCUUCGAGGACGGUUUGGAUCACGAGACUCCAGAGUUGACUCGUGGACAAUCUGCUUUAAUCUGGUGCAAUGCAUCUGGAACCCCGACACCGAAAGUCAAGUGGUCUACGCAUGAGGGAGACAUCGAUCCCGUGGACAAAAAUCUCCAAAUUCAGCACGAGGGGCGAGCACUUUUCAUCGUCAAUGUAACACAAGCCACAGCAACUCGGUACACUUGCAUUGCUUCAAAUGAUGCUGGCGAGGCCAGACGCAUAAUUGAUCCAGUUAUUGUUUAUGCCCCAGAUAUUAUCAGUCACGAGGGUGAGAAUCCACGACCAGUGAUUAGAAAUGGAGAGACGCAGUUGUCCUGCGAUUGGGAUGCCUAUCCUGACGCCAAAGUUGAGUGGUUCAAAGGCGGUGAACCAAUCAACAGCCAUGAUUUUCCUAGGGCUAACUUCUCAGUCCGUAACGCAAUGCUCUUUCUACAUAAUGUCCAACCACAGGAUGCCGGGAUCUAUCGUUGCGUGGUUACCAAUAGAAUUGGUAGUACUAAGCGUCAAUGGAAUGUCAACGUUAUGAAGUAUAUUCCUAUUUUAUAUCCAAGUGAUGGAAUCAUAUUUGCGGGUUGCAAUUUGCCUAUGUGCUGGAGUGGUAUGUUGAGAGGAUUCAAAUGUAGACGUGGAAUGUGUAAGAUCAUCUGCAGUGAGGAAACAUGCUUUGAAAAUGCGUUUUCUGUUGCUUAUCCGCCUCCUCCUCCUCCUCCUCGAACGACAUCGUCAUCUCCUAGGCGGUCUCAGAAGAAAACCUCCGAGAACAUGGUUGAUGUUCGAGUUGAUCGGAGUAAAAAGGAAGCCUCUCAGAGAGGUUCAAAGGCACUUGAUAUUAAAAAUCCGCUGCAACUCUAUUCAAAAUUUGACAAUUGUCCACCGAAAUUCCUCUUCACAAGUGAGGAAGGCAUGCAAAGUGUGUCGCUUGGGGCUAGCGUCGCCCUCUUCUGCGUUGCCGAUGGUGAACCAAAGCCAAUAAUUCGGUGGACUAAAGAUGGCCUUCCCAUCACAAAUGAGAUGCAAAGUGGAAAUUACCAAAUCUCCGAGGAUGGCGUCCACCUUCGAAUUCCAUCUGCUGAAGAAAAUGAUGCUGGACGUUAUGUCUGCAACGCUGUUAGUCCAUAUGGCGAAGUCAGCAAGCAAUUCGAUAUCAAAGUUACAUAUGCUCCCCGUUUGGACGGUGAUGGCCAACGACAAUAUAGCAUUGAACGCACUGUGGGAAGUAGCGUGGUGCUCGAAUGUCUUGUUAUCGGUAACCCAACUCCAGGCAUUGAAUGGUACAAAGAUGGCGCUAAACUCGAUCCACUACCGUACCGCUAUCGUCUUUUCAAUCAGAAACGCGAGUUGGAAAUCCUAUCCAUUCAGCCUGUUGAUGCUGGACGAUAUAGAUGUGUCGCUUCAAAUGAAGCUGGCUCUUUGGAAGUGAGCGUUGACUUAACCGUUGGAGCUCCACCAAGGAUCGAUAGAGGUCGUCUACGCAGUGAAUACGUCAUGAAGGAGGGAGACGAGUUGGUGCUACCGUGUCCAGCAACUGGUUCCCCUGAUCCACGUCUUGCUUUCACUCGAAGUGAAAUCGAUCCGAUAACAGAUAAAAUCGUUGAUAGACCACUUGGAGAAUAUAGCUCAUCAUCCAAUGACCUUCCUCUUAUUUCAGAAAAGGAUUCCAUUUAUAGACGAACUGUCGUUUCUCAGGAACGUCAGACUAUGACUAUCUUCAGAGUUCAAAAAAGUGAUUCUGGUAUGUACCAAUGCAAUGCUAGUAACGUAAUCGGUUGGGAUACUAUGAAAUAUACUGUUCGUGUGAGAGUUCCACCAAGUUUCGAUACCUCAAAUAUGCAGCCUGAAGUUCAAUGGUUUGUCAAUCAAACACGCUUCCUUGACUGUCCACUUCACGGUUUUGCUGAUCCACCAGCAAAGGUGACUUGGGAACGCCAUGGUGUACCAGUGGUAAGUGGACCUGAUGUCCAAAUUUCUCCCGAUGGGUCUCGACUCACAGUACCUCGAGUUAGUCUUUCUGAUGGUGGUAAAUAUCGCUGUGUCGCUUCGAACGAAGUUGGUCGCACUUCACAGACUUUUCAAGUACUCGUAUUUGUACGUCCUCGAUUUCUGGAUCCGAUUCGCAAGAUCAAUAUUGAAGCUAUUCAAAACCAGACAGUGCAUAUGUCUUGCGAGGCUACUGGCGACCCCACACCCCGCAUUACUUGGUUCAAGAGAGAUGUGGAGCUCUUUCCGCCUGGAUCAUUCUCUACCUCGGGCACUGGUUCACUUCACGAUUCACCAAAGAAUGUGAUGCCUCUACAGGGGGAUCAGAUCUUGCAAAUCACCAAUGUGCAAAAGAGUGAUGCAGGAGAUUACAUCUGUAUGGCAUCAAACGGUGGAGAAGCAACUGAGAAGAAGUUUAACCUCACUGUAAUAAUGCCUCCAUCAAUACUCAAAUCCAAAGGAUCUCCAGAAGCCCAAUCAACUCGUGAGUACGUCCCAGUGACCUUCCACUGCCUUGUUCGUGACUAUAACAGCACUCAGCCAGAAAUAAUGUGGACGAAGGAUGGAUCACCAAUUCUUAUGUCCGAGGAUGGUGAUUACUUUGUGGUACAAGAUGGUGGACAAGUGCUAACGGUUGUACGACCAACCUCCAGUGAAAUUGGACUCUACAGAUGUGAAGCUAAGAACAAGGCUGGAACUGAUAGCCAUCAAUUCAAACUCACCGUAACAGCUGCUCCUCGCUUCCCACCUGACUUUGUGCGUUACCGUGAGAAGAUAACUCAACAAAUUGGAACACAGGUGAAACUAACCUGUCCGGUGGUUGGCUCACCCUCACCAAUAGUGACGUGGUACUACAACGGCUCCCCACUUCUACCCUACACCCUGCCCUCACACUACAACUUCGAUAUGGAGAGUCGAGUGUUGCAAUUCAUUGCUGGUGAAAAGGACUCUGGUGAAUAUCGCUGUAUUGCCCAUAAUGAGGCAGGAAAUAUAUCCAAGACGUAUGAACUCGAGAUUAUAAUGCCUCCGCUUGUUCGACUUGAUCGAGCUGAGAUGCGGGAGAGAGAGGGAUCGACGUUCACUGUCCAAUGCAUUGCUGAAGGCCAUCCACCACCCAAGAUUGAGUGGACUCGUAGUACUGGAGGUCUCUUCAGGAUCGGUACUAAUGUUGAUCUAACUACUGGAAUUUUGACAAUCACCGACGCUCGAAAAGAGGAUACAGGAGUGUAUACGUGUACGGCUACGAAUAAGAUAAGCGCGGAUUCCAAGACUGUUGACAUUCAAAUUAUUGAACGUCCUGUUAUUCAAACGACAACUGCCCCAAUCAUCGUUAACGAAGGUGAUCAAGUUGUGCUACCUUGCACAGUCACUGGAACCCCCCCGAUUCAAAUCCAAUGGCGUCUUCCUUCUGGACAACAGAUCACGCAAGAUGAAAUACUUGGAUUCCAAGUUCUUCCACAACAGGGUCUCUUGAUUGAACGAGCGACGAGAUCUCAUGCUGGCCUCUAUAGAUGCUCUGGUAGUAAUGAAGCUGGAAGUCAGAAUGCUGUUAUAAAUCUUGAAGUCUUAGUUCCUCCUAAAUUGGUUCGACCAGUAAGCACCGAGGCCUCUGGUAGAAUGAACUCCGUCCUUCAAUUGAAUUGUGAGGUUGAAGAAGGCGUUCCUGCACCAAUUGUCAUUUGGGAACGCAAUGGAGUCUCAUUCAGUCGAACGAAGAGCUUCUACACAACAACCGAUUCUGGCCUCUUCAUUUUCAAUGCACUUAAGCCACAAGAUGAAGGUGAAUGGGUCUGUGUGGCACGAAAUCCUGCUGGUGAAGAUAGGCUUGUGUUUAAUAUCCUCGUCAGCACUCCACCUAAAAUUACGAUGCCACUCUCAAGUGUUGGUUAUGAAGGCCAGUCGAUAACUCUUGAAUGCCAAGUUGAUGGUAAACCAAUGCCAGAAGUAACUUGGGAGUUCAAGAACGAACUGGUCACCCUCGCUCUUGGUUCAAGAGCUCGACUUGACACUCCUACUCGUCUCACUAUACACAAUCUUCAGCCCGAAGAUGCGGGAAAUUACUUCUGUAUUGCGAACGUCCCUGGACAAGAUCGAGUCUUGGACUCGACAUAUUUAACCGUUUUUACUGUUCCAACCUUCGUUAGUACACCAAAUCGCUCAAUGGAAGCGUACGAAGACAGAUGGAUUCAAUUCCGAUGUACCGCAGAUGGUCACCCCAAACCAGACAUCAAAUGGACCUUCAAGGGCAAUAUGAUUGGAAGUAACCCAAGCCACAACGGUAUCGGAUCAUUGAUCAUCGGUCCACUCAGAGAAUCGCAUUCAGGACAAUAUGCUUGUAUUGCUGUAAAUGAUGCUGGCAAACGGGAGCACUCCUUCCACUUCACUGUUAAGACUCGUCCCAAGGUUCAUAUGUAUCAGUCGGAUGAAGCCGUUAAAAGUAAUUCUAUGGCCAGAAUCUACUGUAAUGUGAGUGGCGACGCUGAUUCAAUUGUCUGGCUGAAAGAUGGCAUUCCGAUUGAAAGUGAUCGACGUGUCAAUAUUGAAAAUGGCGGCACAAGUUUGGUCAUUAGCAUGGCUAGGUCAGCUGAUAACGGUGUUUACCAAUGCAUUGCUGCCAACAUGGUUGGCGAAGACCUUGGAGAACUUCGAUUUGUGGUCGAGAGCAAGCCACAAUUGGUUAAAAUGCCUUCAAACAUCUCAUCCUCACUGGGAGAAAUUGUUACCUUGGAAUGCCAAGCCGAAGGCCAUCCCACACCAAUAAUUUCAUGGUACCAUGAUAAUGCUUCCGUGAAAAUGAGCGCGACGCAUUCCAUCAUUCAUAAUGGUUCACUCAGAAUUGUUGGAGUGAGUGAAAAGGACGAGGGCCUCUAUCACUGUGUUGCCUCCUCCUACCAGGGAGAGGUUAUCUCUGAUGCAGCUUCAAUUCAGGUUCAAAUUCCCGGUGGAUGGUCCGAAUGGAUGCCCUGGCAACCUUGCAGCGUCUCGUGUGGUCGUGGAAUUCAAGUUCGGUAA